AUGAAUCCACUCAAAUUCGGCAAGUUUCUUGGUUUCAGCUUUGGUGCCAUUGGACUCUACCUGUUGGGACUUGCUGCUUGGAGAUUUCGAGUUACUUUUUGUGUCUUUGCAGUCAUAAUCUGCGGUGUGCUUCGACCAGCAGCAUCAAUAUUGUUCAAGCCCCAAGUAAACCGCCAAUGCGAUCCGCUUAAGCAUCACCCGAAGCUUCACGAUGUUGAUUUUAAAUAUAUCACUGACAGCGAGAGGUUCGCCACUCAGCCCGAACCGUCGUCAAAGGAGAAUCCCCACCCUACAGAUUUCGGGUUCCUGAAUACCAUUUCCAGAGAAACCCCCUGCAGGCCUCCUGGAAAAUUAGAUAUGGAAAAUAUCGAAUUACUUCUCCAUGCUCAGAUUGUGCAAGCUGAAGACCACAUUCUGUCGUUACGUGAAGAUCCUAGGUACUUUGCACAGACCCUACUUGACAUGAAAGGGCAUCUCCUGCUUGUCUAUCCAACCGAGAAGCCCCAACCCAAUGAUUUCCAGUGGGCCCGAGUAAUCAGUUUCGUCCUUUUUGAGUCAUUCUACCGGUAUGAGUACCUUACAGAGCUCCGGAACCAAGCAUCCCAUCUACGGGAACUUUCAAAGGAGUACAAUCCGCAGAUAUCCCUACAGAAGGACUUACCAGAGGAAUACCGUGCAUCUCUACUCAAGUUUCAGCAUUACAUUGAACAGUCUAGAGUUAUCGAUGAGCUCAGCAGACUAUUGAAAUCACAGCCUACAGCCCCAGAAUCUCUUUCUCCAUAUGUUCAAAUGCAGAUUGUUGAGUUUUGCAUCAUUGGCGAGUGUCUCGAGCUACUUAAGAGAUUCCAGCCCUGGACCAAUGGCUUCGAAAAUUCUCCGGUCUAUGGAGAGGAAGUGAUUAAAGACGAGUUCAAAGAACACACCAAAGGCUGGACCGCAAUAAUUGAGACUUUCACUGAGCAAAAUUGCAUUGCUCUUCAGAAGCUGGGAUCUCCCUCAGGUACGAGAUUUCUGUAUCCGACAGGAAAGAGUCACAACAGGGCAAUUUUUGAGGCCCGUCGAAGGUCCAAGGCGAAUUUGGAUGCGUUCUGGAAUACAGUGGACGAUAUGUUGUGCCGGAAGGCGGGAGGUUUCAGCACCACAGCUUACGAGCAACUUCUCUUAGAGUACGGCUACCUACCGUGCACGCCGAAAUGGGCUGAGCCGGCUGCCAAGAAAAAGAAGGAGGAAAAGUCGAGGCGAACCCAAACACAGACAAAUAAUGGGUCGUGUGAGUAUACCCUACCCUAUUCACACCCAUUUCAAAAGGCCGAUUCCGCUUUAUCCGCUCGCGCGGAGGUUCUAGCAUUGGAUUCUGGCAAAACUAAGAUCAAGCGUCGUGGAAAAUCAGUGGACGAGUCGACAGGUGAAAAUGUCACAACGUCACCGCUUCCUGGAACCCCAGCAGACGUCCACGUUCAACCUAUAUUCAAAGUAGAUGCACGAGCGCUGAAUGUCUUCCGUACUAUCUUCUUCGACCUAGAAGCUCACACUACCCCAGGCGAGGUGGCCUGGCGCGACUUUCUCCAUGCCAUGCGCUCCAUAGGAUUUGCCGCUGAGAAACUGGACGGAUCUGCCUGGCACUUUCAGCCGACAGGGCUUGAUGUUGAGAGAAGCAUCCAGUUUCAUGAACCUCAUCCUCGAGGCAAGAUUCCGUUCCGAGUAGCUCGGCGUCAUGGCCGAAGGCUCAACCGUGCGUAUGGUUGGCAUGGUGGGAUGUUUGUCUUGAGAAACAAUAAUAACCAUGGUAUUCCGAAGAUGUAAUUACGGGAUUUUUGAUACUUGUGUCAGGACAAGUGAGCUAGGCAUAUUUAGGGUCAUGUUCUGUUUAGGAAACUGUUGCAAGGCAGCGGGUGGCGGUACUCUCACUGCAGAUGUGUACUAGUAGGAUUCUUUUCGGAUAUGGAAUUGCUCAGCCCAAGGAUGAUUCCGUUCCCACUCCUUAACUGUUGUAU